AUAAAUAGGCCCGUCGCACCGCUAGCCGGCUCAUUCUCAGUUUGGAAAGCGUCCUGAUCUGCUGUCCCCAAGCGCGAGGUUUGCGUGUAAUUAAUCGCUGCUGCUUUUUUCUCAAGUUAAUUUCUGCGUGAAGAAAACUUUGCUGCCGCAAAAUGCGUGAAUGUAUCUCCGUGCACGUCGGACAGGCCGGUGUCCAGAUCGGUAACGCCUGCUGGGAGUUGUACUGCCUGGAGCAUGGAAUCCAGCCGGACGGUCAGAUGCCGUCGGACAAGACCAUUGGGGGAGGAGACGAUUCGUUCAACACCUUCUUCAGCGAGACCGGUGCCGGCAAGCACGUGCCACGUGCCGUGUUCGUUGACCUGGAACCGACCGUGGUGGAUGAGGUCCGCACGGGAACGUACCGUCAGUUGUUCCACCCGGAGCAGUUGAUCACCGGCAAGGAAGAUGCGGCCAACAACUACGCCCGUGGUCACUACACGAUCGGCAAGGAGAUCGUCGAUCUGGUGCUGGACCGCAUCCGUAAGCUGGCCGAUCAGUGCACUGGUCUGCAGGGCUUCCUGAUCUUCCACUCGUUCGGUGGAGGUACCGGAUCCGGAUUCACCUCGCUGCUGAUGGAGCGCCUGUCGGUGGAUUACGGCAAGAAGUCCAAGCUGGAGUUUGCCAUCUACCCGGCCCCGCAGGUCUCGACCGCCGUCGUUGAGCCGUACAACUCGAUUCUGACGACCCACACGACGCUGGAACACUCGGACUGCGCCUUCAUGGUCGACAACGAGGCCAUCUACGACAUCUGCCGUCGUAACCUGGACAUUGAGCGCCCGACCUACACCAACCUGAACCGUCUGAUUGGCCAGAUCGUGUCGUCGAUCACCGCCUCGCUGCGUUUCGAUGGUGCCCUGAACGUGGAUCUGACCGAGUUCCAGACAAACUUGGUGCCGUACCCGCGUAUCCAUUUCCCGCUGGUCACCUACGCCCCGGUCAUCUCCGCCGAGAAGGCCUACCACGAGCAGCUGUCGGUCGCCGAAAUCACCAACGCCUGUUUCGAGCCGGCCAACCAGAUGGUCAAGUGCGACCCGCGUCACGGAAAGUACAUGGCCUGUUGUAUGCUGUACCGUGGUGAUGUCGUCCCGAAGGACGUCAACGCCGCCAUCGCGACCAUCAAGACCAAGCGUACGAUCCAGUUCGUGGACUGGUGUCCCACUGGAUUCAAGGUCGGCAUCAACUACCAGCCGCCGACCGUCGUCCCAGGUGGUGAUCUGGCCAAGGUUCAGCGCGCCGUGUGCAUGUUGUCCAACACCACGGCCAUCGCCGAGGCCUGGGCCCGUCUGGAUCACAAGUUCGAUCUGAUGUACGCCAAGCGUGCCUUCGUCCACUGGUACGUCGGUGAGGGUAUGGAGGAAGGCGAGUUCUCCGAAGCUCGCGAAGAUUUGGCCGCCCUCGAGAAGGAUUACGAGGAGGUCGGCAUGGACUCGGGCGAGGGAGAAGGCGAGGGCGCCGAGGAGUACUAAGAUGUCACGCGGACACAACUCGAACCAACCAAUCUGAACUACAGUUACGGAAGUAAUCGCCUAGCGCAGCAGCAGCACCGUUCACACACGCUAAUUUAUUAACAAUUUCUCCAUUUUGAAAGCAAUGUUCAAAAUCCCAGAAAUAAUUUUAAAAUACAGCAAAUAAUGAAAGCAAAA